UUUGGAACCGGUCGCAACUCGGUUGGCGUCAGCUGUCAACAACAAAAAUCUAGAAACAAUUUAAACUUGAUUAGAAAAUGUACCGAAAUUUGUAAAAUGUAUCUGCCGAGCUCAAGUGUUACAUAUCAGCUUCAGCUAAAAUAUGAGUGGCUCAGAUCCCAACGAUGGGCCAAGCGGCAGCAAGCCGAGCAAAGAGGUUCAGACUGGCAAAAGCGUGCUCCACGUGAGAAUCGCGGACGAGAGACCCAGCAAUGAGGCAGAAAUCACGGAGGAGCCCCCUAGUCCUCCGCCCCUGAUGGUGACUACGGGCAUGAAUACGGAUGAAAAUAAGCGCGGCGUUACAAUAGUCACGGACACCGAUGCAGUCAAUAGCGAUGCUGACAGUGUCCAUUCUUGGCCUGGCAGACGAAGACCUGUGACCAAUUCCACAAUAUCUAUGACCAGCCUAAGACAGAUAAAUUCGGAAAGCUAUAUGGGCAGUGACUCGCACAUUGACUACAGAUCCACUCAUCCCCCUCUCCACCAACCAAUUUCUACCCCCUAUAAGCCGGAGCGCCUUGUCGACGGGUCUGUGUGUCUUCCGUCUUCCAGCUGAUUGGCUUCGUACUCACCGGCGUGUCCAUGUUGUUGGUGAUCAUGUUCUCCUGGUUCCUAAUCUCGCAGCUCGACUUUUUCGUCGAGUGC